UGCGUGGAGCAGCGCCCUUGGCUUUGGUCAGUAAUAGGGUACACCAGAAUCUUGAAACGGCAGAAGAGGAUCAGGAGAAAGCUCUGUAAACAGCUUCUGCGCAUGCGCAAACGUUCCCCCACCACCUGGUCAGCCGAGCAACUGUCACAGCCCCUGUUCCUCAGUCAAGUAGUAAGCAGCAGGCCAAGUGAACUUCUUCGCUCUUCAACGUAAAGGGCGCACACACACGAGUCAUGACGUCCCAACUCCUCCACCUGGUCCUGACCGCCACCCUGCUGAUCGCCGCGCCGCCACCGUCCAUGGGCGAGGACGACGGCGACUACUCUGUGGCCAAGCUGCAAGGCUUGGACAUCAGGCCGCUGCCUCCAGGACAGCAGCACGGCCUCAGCCUGAUGAACGAGGGUCGUUUCACGAUAGCAAACGACGUGUGGACUCUGGCCGUCGCGCUGGACUUAGGGAGCUUCCGGACCGCCGUUCGGAAGAUCUCGGCCAACACGGACGUCAUGAAACAACUCAGCGGGAACUUCACCCUGCUGGCCCAGCCCUCGUCGUGAGCCACCGACUCCUCGCGGGAGUUUUCGGAAGCCGUAGCUGCGCCCCUGGAGACGGAGGUGGCCGCCGUCCGGGAGGACCUGGACACGGCCUCCAAGAACCUCCGGAACCUGGAGAUUGCUACCUCCCCGGCGAGGCUGGCGCCGCCACCCACCCCCGCGC